GGUGUACCCGCUGGUUGCAGUUACUGUGUUUACAUGGAAGUGACCGUUGGUAGCAGAGGUGGAAUAUAAAAAGGACCUGUGCGAGUGCGGUAAGAUGUCUGACAAAGAAGAUAAAUCUAUGUCCCAAGAGGAUCUGCGUAAAAGGCUGUACCAGAUGUUUAAAAACAAAGGGGUUUUGGACUCCCUCAAGACACAACUCAGAAGCCAUCUCAUUCAUGAGCUGAAACAUCGAUCUGACGGCGGAGAGCCAGCCCAUAUGUCCAAAGAGCACCAAGCAGAGUAUCUCCUGCUCAGGGCUUCCAAUAGCCUGAUAGCCGAUCACUUAGAGAGAUGUGGCUAUGACUACUCGCUCUCUGUCUUUUACUCGGAGUGUGGUCUGGAAAAAGACAAGGUCUUCACUGCGGGCGACUUACUGCAGCUGAUGAAGAUAAAUCCCAAAUCAAAACUGCAUUGGUCUCUGCAGACAUCAAGCAGUCAAAAUAAAAAUGGAAAAGGUUUCCUGUUCCAGAUGUUAACGGAGAUGACAGAUUACCAUCUACACAAGGAAAGCAAAGAUGCCGACAGCCAAACAGCGGUGACCUCCUAUAAGGAGUCUCUUGUUGAGAAACUUCAGUUUGUUGAUGAACAGUUUGAAGAAAUGUAUCCCAAAGGUGGAAAGUUUGAGUCUCUGGAAAUGAGACUUUCGGAAUAUCGGAGGGAAAUGGAGGCACAGCUCCGGGCCGAGAUGGCCCGUGAGCUGCAACAUUUUAAAGAUGUUGAAAUCGCAAAAAUUAGGAUGGAGGAAAGAGAAAAAUCCCAGAAAGAGAUAUCCGACUUCCGACGGGAACUGGAGAACGCGUACCAGUUAAAGACAGAAUGUUUAGCAUCACGGGAGAAAAAUGCUAUUGAACGACUUCAAAGACAACAGGAGAUAGACGCAAAAGAAUUUUAUUCCCAGAGGCAGGUCCUGCUGAAAGAUAUUGAGCUGGUACGGAGCCGUGAAAACGACCUUCGCCAAAGGAUGGAAGCCUUCGAAAUGGCUCAAAAGCUUCACGAGGAGAAAACCAGAAGUGUCGAUGAUAUGCUCAGAAAGAGGGAGCUGGAAGUUAAAAAUAUUGAGGACACAUUUGAACAGAAAGUGAAAAGUGAAGUUUUCAGGCACCAGAUUAUUUUAAAAGAAGAGUAUUUGAAAAGAACCCAGAAAGUCAGUGAAGAUGAAAGAAGGAAUAAAGAGGAAGCUGCACGGUUACAGCAAGAAGCCAUGACACUCCACGAGAAGAAGCAAGAACUGGAGAAAGCAAUUUCUAAAAGACAGGAGCUAGAGAUAGAGGCGGAUACGCUGAAGGUCCAGCUGUCCCUGCUAACCAGACAGAAUGAGUAUUUGACUGAAAAACUCAAGGAGACUGUUGACUAUCCGUUGAUACAAGAGGAGAAAAUGGAAUUUCAAACACAAGCCAAGUUACUCAAGCAACAACUAGACGAACUGCGCAAGGAAAAUCAACUCCUGAGAGAAAACGCCUUAAACCCAGCUGCAGAUUGUGCGUCUCUCAAGCAUGAACUAAAAAUACUGGAAAAUGCUCGGAAACUGGACCUGGAAGAGUAUAAAACGCAAAAGGAAAGGUUGGAAAAGCGGCUCCAAAGAGAGGUUGAACAAUGCGCAGAAUUGAAGGUGCAGUUGUUAAACAGCGAAGAUUGCGUGAAACGAUUAAAUGCUGAAGUGGAGCUACUGGAAUUACAGCUACGGCGGUCAUGGCAGGCUUUUGAAAAGGACGUCUAUUGCUACCCCAAGCCUUCCAUGAUCGAUCAUUCUUUGCUAGAUGUGUCUCCUUACAUUCAUGCUGAUAAAGGUGUCUUCAAAAGCCAGCUUGUCUUAGAUCCCACUGUUGAAAGAAGUGGCAUCUCCUGUUCAUAUCAGCACCAUUCUGCACCGACCUGCAGCACGUCAUCAGACUCAGACAUCCAGUUUGUGGCCAAAACCAAGACCAUGAUCAACGAAAUGGAAAAAGAUGACGAAUACUUAAAACGGGCUCUCUGUAACUACAGGGAGAAGCUCAUCCAAGCAGCUGAUGUUGACAGCAUCCUUUACUCUGUUCCAGUGACAAGAGGACAAUUAAAUACUGUAUCAACUACAUCAUCGAAUAGGGUCAACUUUUUAGAUAGUAGCAUUAUCCCCCAACAGCAUAUUCAUGUGACCAGACUCAAACCACAGAUUUAUGAAAGAGUAACAGAGGGAGACAGGAGUCAAGCAAGUUCAAACAUAUCUUCUGCGAGAAGACUUUCCUCCACUCCAAUAUCCAAACCUGCUCAAAACGUUAAAAGGAAAAAGGAAAAGAUUUCAACAGAAGAUCACAAUGGUUCAUACAUUUCAUCAUCUCAUCACAGCCCUAAUGAGCGCAUUUCACCUAUCCCAAAAAUAAACCAGUUUCCUUCGCCUGAACAUGAUGUCGCUCCUCUUGCUUCAGAAGUAGACAAAGAGUUGGUGUCCAGUGUCCAUCAGCCAGUUGCUGAUCCUCCUAGACCAGCUGGCAAUUCAGAGCCACGGAGUUACUCAGAUUCUUCUCUACAAGGCCAAGAAGACAUACCAGAACAGCUAGAAUGUGACACCUCUCAUGCAUCAGAGGACUUGGUCAGUGACAACGUCGGCGCUAACGUGCCCCCAACAGCUACUCCGCAGUUUGACUCCUUGCUCAGUAAGCACAUGAGCGAAGAAUCAUUGAAACAGAACGAUUCAGCAGCAGAAAGAAUUAAGGAAACGGAUGCAAAAAAAGAUUUUGGGGAGCAGAAGAGUGAAGAUCAUUCCUUGCUGAAUGAAAUUGACACAAAGGAGAAUUUGACAAUGGUGCCCAAAGUGUCUGACGCAGAACGAGAAAAGGCAGAGGAAAACCUGAGGCCAGAUGAGCUGGGAGAGGGUGCUAAAACGAGCGUCAAUCCCAUGGACAAGUACAUGCAAAUGUUAUUACAAAGCAAGGCAGAGGAGCAAUCUGAGAAGGUUGUUAAAGAGUCUGUGGAAGACAUUUCUUUGGAAGAAAAAAUAUCUAACGCAAGUAUAACAGCUCUCUCUCAUGGAGAAGCAGAUGAUGACUUCUGGUAAACAAUCACUUCCUCUUCACAAGACUUAUCCAAGAGUUCCGAUUAUUUGUGUGACCAGCACAGCCUGUUUUUUAUUUGAUGUGGAAAUUCUGUUACAGACAGAUUAUCCCAGAACACGCUCCAUUUCCUGUGUUCCAAGAUUUUUAACCAUUUUUUUUUUUAAAUUAAAUUAUAUAUUUUGUAUCUUAAAUCAAAAGGAGUUUUAUGAGAAGUGAACAGUGGAGGAUGUGUCUAAUAAACAAAAUAAAACCCUGCACUUCUAAA